GGCCGGCGGGGCGGCGGGGCGGGGAGCCGGAGGCUGCCGCCGCCUCCCGGCCCCGCGGCUCGGGCCGGCCCCCGCUGUCACAGGCCCCGAGGGCCCCCCCGGGAGUGAACGGCGGUGACGGGGCUGCGGGGAAACCUGUUUUUCCUUGGCUUAUCUCUUAAAUCGCCGCGUCCUGGCGUUUCCCCCGCUCCCGGAGCGCCUCUCCGUAGCGGCGCUUGCCAGGCCGGCCCUGGCUGCUGUCGCCGCGGUUUUCCUCGUCUUUCGCUGCUGCGGAGUCUCCCCGUGGUUCUUUAGGCUUUCUAAGGUCCGUGGUGUGGUUACUCAUCGGGAACAGAGCACGUCGAGCUGUUGUUUCGUGCGACGUUCAUUGUUGGGAAUAAAUGGAGAGCUCGCAGCAGAGAUGGGGCCCCGGCGGAAAACCGUGAAAGCAGCGAGCAGGGAAGGGGCAGAGUCUACCAAAGCUGAGGAGCCAAAAGAUUACAUGAACCAACUCUCUCAUGAAGUGCUUUGCCACAUCUUUAGGUACCUGCCCUUGCAGGACAUCAUGUGCAUGGAGUGCCUGUCCCGGAAGCUGAAGGAGGCGGUGACGCUGUACCUGCGCGUGGUCAAGGUGGUGGAUCUGUGUGCGGGGCGUUGGUGGGAGUACAUGCCCACAGGUUUCACUGAUUCCAGCUUCCUAACGCUGCUGAGGAAGAUGCCAGACAUUGAACAACUUUAUGGUCUUCAUCCCAGGUAUCUGGAAAGGCGCCGAGUCCGUGGCCACGAAGCUUUCAGCAUUCCUGGAGUUUUAGAGGCUUUGCAGGCCUGUCCAAAUUUGCUGGGUGUUGAGACCUCUCAUUUAGAGCUGGUGGAAGCUAUUUGGACAUACAUGCCCCAAGUCCACAUUUUAGGGAAGUUUCGUAAUCGUAAUGGUGCUUUUCCAAUUCCUCCUGAGAACAAGCUGAAAAUUCCUAUAGGAGCUAAAAUUCAGACUUUGCACUUAGUAGGGGUGAAUGUCCCUGAGAUUCCUUGUAUCCCAAUGCUGAGGCACCUUUAUUUGAAGUGGGUGAGACUCACCAAACCACAGCCUUUUAAAGAUUUCCUUUGUAUCAGCUUGCGUGCUUUUGUCAUGAGGAACUGUGCUGGACCCACAAACUCUCUGAAGUAUGUUCCCCUGGUGACAGGCCUGGCUUCUGCCAGGAAUCUGGAGCACUUGGAGCUGGUCCGUGUUCCGUUUCUUGGAGGACUUAUCCAGCACGUGGUAGAAGACAGCUGGAGAUCCGGUGGUUUUAGGAAUUUGCACACUAUAGUUCUGGGAGCUUGCAAGAAUGCACUUGAAGUGGAUCUUGGCUACCUCAUCAUAACUGCUGCACGAAGGUUGCACGAAGUGCGGAUCCAGCCUUCCUUGACCAAAGAUGGUGUUUUUUCUGCUUUGAAGAUGGCUGAACUGGAAUUCCCACAGUUUGAAACUCUUCACCUAGGCUACGUUGAUGAGUUUUUACUACAGUGUAAAAUGACGAGUACGGACUUGGUGAGGUACGGCUUGGCUGAUGUGGUUGAAAACCCAGGAAUUAUUACAGAUAUUGGUAUGAAAGCUGUAAAUGAAGUUUUUUCUUUCAUCAAGUAUCUGGUCAUUUACAACUGCCCACAUCUACAUAACCCAAAUAAUUGGAUCACAGACCACUCGAGGUGGACGCGCCUGGUUGACCUGACCCUGGUGAGGUGCCAUGCCAUCAAGCUGGACUCUUUCAGUCAGUUCAUCGAGUUACUGCCAAGCUUGGAGUUCAUUUCUCUGGACCAGAUGUUCAGAGAGCCUCCAAAGGGCUGUGCUCGUGUGGGCCUAAGUGCAGGCACAGGAAUUGGGGUCUCCUCUGCCCUGGUGAGCAAUCAGAACUCCAACAAUGACAAUGACAACAACAACAACCACCAGAACAACAACAACAACAACCCCAACAUGCACCACAACAACCACCAGCACCCCAACGAGCAGAACGAGAACGAGCUGCGCCAGGAGGGCCCCGCUGAGGAGCAGCAGAUUGGGGCUGAGGCCCUGAAUGAGAUGGAGGAGGUGGCACAGGAGGAAGGGGAGGCUGCUGGGCAGGGCCAGGACGAGCUGCCAGCUCCCAGCCAGGCUGUUGUUCCCAUGGAGGUGGAUGAGGAGCAAGCAGGACCGAGUGGCAUUCAACCUGCUGUAAAAGCAGCUCCUAUUACCAUCCAUGAUUCAGACAGUGAGGAUGAGGAGGAAAACAUGGGCACUUCCAGAGCCUGCGCCUCCAACAGCAUUGCACAGAGUUACUCAGAUGGGGAAGAGAAGAGCAGGGAUCCAGUGGAAACCAGAGAGCCUUCAGUGAGCGGCAAAGGCAAGACCCCCCUGCGGAAGAGAUGCAGCACCAGCCACGGGGGCCAGGCCAAGCAGUUCCCCGUGGAGGAGAGCAGCUGUGAGAAGGGCUGCCAGGUGACCAGCGAGCAGAUCAAAGCCGACAUGAAAGCAGCCAGUGACAUGCCCGACAGGAGCAAGAGCAAGGAUUCCUACGGCGGCUGCGGCAACGCGCCGGGAUCCACGGCAGCGUCCGGCUCCUGCAGCUCGGCUUCCCCCAGCCCUGACUGUGCCCAGGCAGCCCAGAGCCACUCUGCUGGCACCAGCCCAGCGGCUGGAGAGGAGUGCAGGCAGUGUGGCUGCUCUCCCUGCAGGAGGGAUGGCUGCAGCGAGAGGGAGCCCGAGGAGAGCUCCGUUUGCUCCCGCUGCUGCUCCCGGGCACGGCACAGGACCGGCGGGGGGUGGGAUGGGGAGAGCCCCUCCACCAGUGGGGCCUGCAGGGACGGGCCAGACUUUGCACUUAGGACGCUGCCAGACUGUGGGGCUGCGGGAGAGCCUGGCCAUGACAGGACUAGUGGGAGUGCCUGUGGGGCUGGCAGCCAGGAGCAGAGCACGCAGCCCCCGGGCUGGCAGCUGGACUGCAAGGAGGAGUACCCACGGAGACCCCUGACCAGGGCCAGGAGCAGGCUGUCCCACGUGCCUCUGGUGUCAGAGCCAGAAGUAGCAAAGCCAAAGCCACGGCAAACCACCAAGAGGAAAAGGACAGCUGACAAAUCCACCAGCACCAGUGACCCUGUGAUUGAGGAUGAUCAUGUUCAGGUACUGACUUUGAAAUCCAAAAACCUUGUAGGAAUCACAUUGACCAACUGUGGAAUAACAGAUUUGGUGCUGAAAGACUGCCCCAAAAUGAUGUUCAUCCAUGCUACCAGGUGCCGUGUGCUGAAGCACCUGAAGGUGGAAAAUGCCCCCGUAGUGAAUCGCUUUGACUACGCCCAGUGCAAGAAGCUGAACAUGGAUCAGGUGCUGGAUCAGAUCCUCAGGAUGCCCCCGGAGAGGAACAGGAUCAUCUACCUUCGUCCCAUGCAGCAGGUGGACACGCUGACUCUGGAGCAGAAGAUCUUCAGUGGCCCCUACCCCUACCACAUCUGCAUCAUCCACGAGUUCAGCAACCCGCCCAACGUCCGCAACAAGGUGCGGGUGAGGAGCUGGAUGGACACCAUAGCCAACAUCAACCAAGAGCUGAUUAAAUACGAGUUCUUCCCUGAGGCCACCAGGACUGAGGAGGACCUGAAGAAAUACCCCAAGUACCCCUGGGGCAGAGACAUCUACACCCUGGAAGGCAUUGUGGAUGGUGCUCCUUACUCCAUGAUCACUGACUUCCCCUGGCUGAGGUCCCUGAGGACAGCAGAGCCCAACAGCUACGCCAGAUACGACUUUGAGGACGAUGAGAGGACCACCAUCUACGCCCCGAGGAGGAAGGGGCAGCUCUCAGCUGACAUCUGCAUGGAGACCAUCGGCGAGGAGAUCUCGGAGCUGCGCCAGGUCAGGAAGGGCGUGUUCCAGAGGGUCGUGGCCAUCUUCAUCCACUACUGCGACGUCAACGGGGAGCCCGUGGAGGAUGACUACAUCUGAGGGGUGUCCCCAGCCUGCCCUCCCUCCCCCUGGCACUGCUGGCCAAGAAAAAGCAGGAUUUUUUUUUUCCCAAAUGCAAAGCAUUUCCCCACCGAGGCGCCCUCGGCUCUCCCCGUGGCCAGGAGGAUGUAGUUAAAUGUAAAAUGGAAAGUACAAAUUGUAUACUAAGAGUUGUACAUAGAGGAAACAAACAAAAAAAACCCCGACCUUCCUAAUACUGAGACUUUAUUUCAUAUGUUUAUACAAUUUAAUUUAAGUUCCAUUUUAAUGAAGGCCAAUAAUUAGGAAAGGGGAAGAAGAUUUGAACUUUUCAACCCAUACAAUUCAUAGCAGUAUUUUUUUUCCUUGUAAACAACAAUUCCAUUUGCUGUGUUCAAAAGAGUCAUCAGAGUCUCUUUUAAUCUGUGCCUUUUUCUUGAGCAUUUAAGAGUCCAGUCUGAGUAAACCUGUUGAGCACAA